CGUCAACGUCGGGAGCAUCUUUAACGAGUUCACCUUUUCAAUCGUUGGCACCAUGCUCCCCGCUCGUCGCCUACUUGCCACGGCCGCCACGGCGCGCCCUUCCGUCAUCAGUGCUAUUCGUCGUCAGCAUACCGUAUCACCUGCGGCUCUUUCCCAGAUUGAAACCCGCUGGGCAAAGCUCCCCGAGUGUGAACAGGGAGCUAUAGCUGAUUACCUUGCUGAGAAGCAGAAAGGUGACUGGAAGAACCUGACUUUGGACGAAAAGCGCGCUGCAUACUGGAUCGCAUAUGGUCCUUAUGGAGCUCGUACGCCUAUCGACCCCGCAAUGAAAUGGAAGGUCCUCGGAUGGUCAUCAUUCUUCUUCAGCAUUGCUGUUGGUCUCUGGGUUUACUGGACCAAAGAUGUCGUCCCGACACUCCGCACUCACACCAAGGAAUGGAAGGAGGAGGAAGAGCGUCGUGCUAUUGAGAACAAGCAAAACCCUUACAGUGGUGUUUACGCCAAGUACCGCACGGAAGUCAUGGGCGAAAAAUAAAUGUGAACACCAUUUCCCACAUAGACUGAUAACCAAUUUUUUUGAUGAUGUGCCAAAAAGUGAUAUCCAGGGCUGUGCAACAUUUUGGCCACGGAAGCGUGUACAGGUCGGAGAACCUCCCUGAAAUAGGAUAUGGAAUAGAACAAUGGAAGUGGAUUACCGUCGCUUUCCGCUUCUGACGCACGGGGGGAGCUGUAAAACAGAUUGUGAAGACGUCUUGACGGCGGUCCUGACAUG